UGCUUUAUAAACAACAGCACGAGAAAGAUCAGCGAAAGCGGCGCUUUCGUUUAAGAAUUAUGGAGAAUAUCCCAAAAGAUUUACGAGGACUUCGAGCUUGUCUUGUCUGCUCGCUUGUGAAGACACUAGACAUGUUUGAAACUGAUGGAUGUGACAACUGUGACGAGUUCCUAAGAAUGAAGAAUAAUCGGGACCAAGUCUACGACUGCACAUCCUCUAAUUUUGAUGGAUUUAUUGCCCUUAUGAGUCCAGAGGAUAGUUGGGUUGCCAAAUGGCAGAGAAUUAAUCGCUGCUGCCGGGGAAUGUAUGCCAUCUCUAUCACUGGACGACUCCCAGCUUCUGUUAUUAGGGAGAUGAAAUCCCGUGGAAUUAAGUACAGGCAAAGGGAUAUGACAAAACUGUAAUUUAGGUGUAGUUUUACUGUAAGGGCCAGUGCACCUUACCUAUUUUAAGGCAGAUUUAUUUUUUACAUGUAAUUUUUCAGAGCAAAACCUGAUUCACAUGUUUAUAUUGUGUGAAACUUGAAAACAGCACUUUAAACAUUUUCUUAAUUUUCGUAAUUUCAGGACUUAGUUUUCAUAGAUGUUUACAGUCAAGUUUUAGAGAGCCCAUUUAUUGAUGUUCAUACAUACAAACAGGGAUGUUUCUGCAGUUUCACUAAUAUAAAGUUAACUUAAAAGAUUGUCUUUUUCAGUAUCUUGUAUACUUUUCAUGUCUUGUAUGUUAUAUCUUUUGAAAAAUCAGUUAAUGAAAUAAGUCCUGAACAGCAUGGGCAGAAAAUGAAAAUCAGAAGAUACGGUAUUUUGCAUAUUGAGUGCAUAAAUGUUUUCUGAAAGUA